AUUCCUCACCAGUCUUCCCAGGGCGUGAAUCAACUAAAGACCAACAGUGAUAAGUAGACGUGACCGCUCCAAAGGAUGAGGGCAAGUAAUUUUUCCGACGUGCCAGAACCAAAAGUACAUGGACUUCAAUGAAGUAAGUAUGGAGCACCAUGAGAACAUGAUCCCUUGUCAGUGUCCAUCAGAUUUUGGGGAAGUGUUACCAAAGGAGAUGUAUUUGGCAGCCAAGCAUGGGCAACUCAGGAAGAUCAAGCAGUACCUGGAGAAGGGCCAUGAUGUGAACGCCUGUGACGAGGACAGCUGCAGCCUGCUGGCCAGCGCAAGCAUUGCCAACCGCCUGGAAGUGGUGCGCUUCCUCCACCGCUUCCCACAGCUCCACCGCAAUGUGACAGACUGGUCUGGGGACACGCCUCUCAUGCAUGCUGCCAGGAUGGGACACAGGGAGGUGGUGGAGGAACUACUCACUUGUCCACAUCCGUGUCGUCUGAAUGUUGACAUCCUGAACAGCCAUGAGGACAAAGCAGAGACCAUUGCCAUCGCCAGCAGCAAUGAGGACAUUGCCAGACUUAUCCAGAACACUCAGCUGCCCAGACUUCAGUGGCAUCCUGACCUUUGUCAAGCCCUGGUGCCUGCCAGGAUGCCUGUGGCUGAGGUCAUCUUUGAGUGCAACGUCUGCUACGAAGACUAUGACACCAGAGAUCGCCGGCCCCGGGUCCUGUCCUGCGGCCACUCCCUCUGUACAACGUGCAUCAGUAUGAUGCUGGGUACAGGACGUCUGCAUGGGAGAUGACUGAUGACUCCUCUACUCAUGAUGUCGGCCAAGAUUUUUUCCGGUCUUGACCCAAGAGCCCAUUCUACGGAGUCUUAAAUCAUCCAGGAGGAUCACUCAUUUACUCCUUCUCUGGACUCGAAGAUGUCUCAGAUGUAUGCCAGAAACUUCUCUCUACGUGUCAGAGAAUUGAACCUGCACUUCCACAGUAAACUACUUUCAAGUCUGAGUGUAUAGACUUGAGUGUCUAUAUCUUUUCCCAGGCUGAGUGAUGAUUGUACGUGUUCCUGUGGAUCACCAUCCUGCUGCCUGCAUGCUUGCCCAGGACCCCACCCUAGCUCACCACUGAUGCAAGACACUGUGCGGACACAGAUCAACAGCUCAACUUUCCUUGCACCAAUGGGACCACCACCUGCCUGCUGAGGAAGCCCUCCCUAGCUCACUGAAGAGGAAGAUAGUGUGGCUUGCCCAAGAAAACAUUUAUCAGUUUGGCUCACCUAUUGGACCAGAAUCCUUGAAAAAUUGUCAUAAAUACUGAAGUGAAAAAUACUUUGAAGACUCUCCAGAGAUUUUGUAAUACAGUCAGUAGUCAGUAGUAUAUGCAGCAAAUUUAAAUAAAAUGAAAGUUCCCCAGACAGUCUUCAGAGUAUUUUUGACUCAGUACACUUUGAAGGUAAGAAGAACAUUGCUGUGAAAGAUCACCUUGAAAAAAUAUAAAUCCCCUAAAUGCUUGCCCUCUACAAGAUUUCUGGAGUCAUCAGAGUAUUUUUGACUUAAGAAAUCCCCUAAAUGCUUCCUCUCAAAAAGUGUACCAAGUCAAAAAUAUUCCGAAGACUCUCCAGAGAUCUUGUAAAGAAUUUUGAGGGCAAGCAUUUAGGGGAUUUAUUUUUUCAAGUAGAUCUUUUACAAUCUUUCACAGCAAUGUGGCUGGGAAGGAUGCUGGUCCAAUCAAUAGGUUGUGAGAGGAAGCUGUUGAAUCCUAACAAUUUCUUCUUCAGUAUCCUCAGCAGGCAGGAACUGGCCCAAUAACAGACGAUAAUGGUGACUCUUGUACAGCAACAGCUUCUGUCAUGGUGUUUUCUAUCACUGCCAUCUUCAGUAUCCUCAGCAGGCAGGAACUGGCCCAAUAACAGACGAUAAUGGUGACUCUUGUACAGCAACAGCUUCUGUCAUGGUGUUUUCUAUCACUGCCAAGUCAGGCAUGAGUCUCCAAGACCACCUUUGACAACCAACCUGAGAACAAACGCUUGCAUUAAAUACACAAAAGUGGACUUAGUUCA